AUCAAUGAAGCUUCAACUUUUUCGAGAAGCUCCAUCUAAUCCCACCAAGACAAUCCGGGACUCUAAUUAGCCUCACCACCGGCCGUAACCACGUCCCAUAUAAAAAAGACUCAGGUUACAGAAGCAAAUAAUAAGCCCAUCAUGGACUCCUCCGGAUCUAUUAAGGCAGAGGUCAUCAAGCAAGUCAAGACCCAAUACGCCCUGGAAAACGCAAGACUACUAAUCGAGAAGAUCAACGAGCACUGCUUCGAGAGGUGCGUGCCCAAGCCGGGCCCCUCGAUGUCGAGCGGCGAGUCGACCUGUUUCACCCAGUGCAUGGAGAAGUACAUGUCGGCAUGGAACUCAGUAAGCACGACAUACAUCGACAGAUUGCGACGGGAGCAGUGAGCUAGACCUCCGUCUUGGAGGCUGCAUCGCAAAUGUCAACUCGCCCCUACUCGAUGUACAUUAGAAUCCGCCAUGUUGCGAGCCGUAGCCGGCAAUGGGAAGAA